GGGGGGGGGAGGAGGAAGGGAAAUACAAAAAGGGCUUUCGCUGUUGAGCCCUCUCCCAUCCGUCUCCCACCCAAUAGAUUAUCAGAAGCUAUGCCUGCCAAGCAGCCCAUUGAAUCCUUCAAUAUAAAAUCAUCACCUCUCGUCAGUGAGCGACAGCAACCCACUGAACUCUAUCAUCGUCGUCGAUCCGUUCGCAUCAUGGAAAAGGUGGCUCGUCGCUUUCGUGAGCACUUUGGAGAACAUGUUCAUCGGGAUCCAGAAUCUGGCAAAGUUCUGUUUGCUCUGCACCCAGAGAAACGUCGCACCGCUAUCCAGGCGCCUCCGCCGCCUCCCCCAAGAAUGUCCCGAAGAAAGAGCUCAAUAGGAAUCGUUUCAGUCAAAGCCAUCACUCCAACAGACUCUGUCGACCUCAUGGAUAUCAUUGAAUCUUACGCACGCCCAGACUCGUGCGCAUCUCCCGCCGCCGACUUGGUCCGCUUUUGUUCCGCCCGCCGCGGGUCGGUUGCAGUCGGAACACCCAUGAGUGAGAUUUCUAUUGAUCCUUUUGAGCACGUCUCAGAGGAAGAUCUUUCUCGCGAGACAAAGGAUCCAAAUACAAUUCACUUGGUCAAGCAAAAAGUGGACUUUGAGGAACUCUUACGCGGACCCGAUAGUACUAUCAAGAUAUCCCUCACGCCCAGGAUUAUCCAGGCUGGGCAGACUGCAUAAACAUAGUUAUUUUUACAUAUUGAUUCCCCGAUUUCGUAGAGUGUAUAUAGUUUUUUUCUUUGCAUUCUUUGGCAUUGCAUUGACAAGUUUAAUAGUUUGGUGCAUAGUGUGUGUUAUGUAUAUCAUUUUCAAUAAUUUGAACAAGUUUGGAAAGUUA